AUCUACGCCAGUCCAUCGCCAGCUACGGCCGCGUGUCGACGUGUUGCGUGCGCGUGCAGCAACCGAACUUGCAUCGGACCGUAUCGGCAAGUGGAAAUUGAUCAGUUCCUUGAGGUGACAGGAUAGCGAUCGCGUGAUCGGAAUAGUGAUGUAUCGGAAACAAUAGAUCUGGUUUUCGUCGGGUGGGGAUUUGGACGCUAAAGUGCACAAUGUCGCGAAUUUUAUAGAUUCGCGUGACCUUGUGUUGUUGAUUUUAAACAUUCAGUGUAGUUUCCACAGGUGCGACAUUUACUCUUUUGUUUCCGAGUGUUAUCAGCAAACUUGUUUUUUAUUACUUUAGAAAACGUCACUAGUGGAUGUGGGAAUUGCAUGUACUGAGUGUGAGGACCAUGUUCUAAUUGGGAAAGGACUGUAACAAUGUUGGCUGUUAAAAAUUUCUUUAUGCCGGAGAAGCGGGUGGACUCCCCCCGUUUCUCCCGCAUGCCGGAGGCCCUGAUGAGGUCGAUCAGGCGGCGCUCCCUGAGGGUCAAGAGGACCAAAUCAUUGGUGCUUGUUAAUGAGAAAAGGAAGUCCGAUUCGUUCGUCAACAGUCAAGAAUGGACGGCAUCAAGGGGUGUCACAGAGUUACGAGUAGGAGUGUUAGGUUCUCCGGACAGCGGGAAAUCAGCUCUGGUCCAUCGAUACCUCACCGGGGCGUAUAUGCAAGAGGAAAGUCCAGAAGGUGGUCGUUUCAAAAAGGAAGUUAUAAUCGACGGUCACAGUUAUCUCCUGCUUAUAAGAGAUGAAGGUGGACCUCCAGAGAUGCAGUUUACAGCCUGGGUGGAUGCGGUGAUCUUCGUGUUUAGUCUUGAAAACGAAAUUAGUUACAAAACAGUUUCGACGUACUUCAAUAAAAUGUCUCAUUAUAGGAAUUCGGCGGAAAUUCCAAUAAUACUGGUCGGAACUCAAGAUGCCAUAAGUGAAAGUAGUCCACGAGUAGUAGACGAUAACCGAGCUCGUAAGAUGACGAAUGAACUGCGAAGAUGUUCUUACUACGAAACGUGUGCGACGUACGGCUUAAAUGUCGAACGGGUGUUCCAAGAUGCGUGUCAGAAGAUCGUGGGGACGAGGCUGUCGGCAUCGUCUCAGUGCCUGGCAGGCUCCAGGCCGGUCACUCCGCAGCCUCUUGCCAACUCACCCAGCCAUAAUCACUCUUCAUUUUUGUACAAGGAUUCGCUACCACGAGGUCAUCACACACUCUCAGCGUCAUCGCAUCAUUUACACAGAGGCGCAUCCUCCUUCGAUGCGUCUUCCAACAGCAGCGGCAUUUCAUCCACCCACGUGGUCGAGAUCCAUAGCACGAAUGGUUCCGACAGCUCCUCCCGGUGGGGCAACUCCCUCGGCAGCCAUGGCUCGUCAUCAGGCCUCGUCUCCAUCGCAACAGAGAAUAACAACGUCAAGUUCACAGCGCCACACUGCCUGGAUAAUCUGCAUCCGGGAAAAGACCAAAAAGAUCUCCCCACACCCUCGUCUACUCCGACAACAUCGAGAAAGUCGCGGAGAAGAUCGAACUUGUUCACACCUUCAAAGAAAGGUGAUGAUAGACUGAAGAAUGGGGAGUUGGGGUCCGGUAGAGCGAUUCCUCUGAAGCAAGGAUAUUUGUACAAGAAAAGCAGUAAAGCGCUAAAUAAAGAAUGGAAAAAGAAGUAUGUGACGUUAUGUGAUGAUGGAAGGCUCACGUAUCAUCCUAGUUUACAUGAUUAUAUGGAGGAUGUGAACGGCAAAGAGAUAUCUCUGCAGUAUGUGACCGUGAAGGUGCCGGGGCAGAAACCGCGCGGCUCCAAGUCCGUCAUCACAACCGUGCCGGGGUACAAUGGGUACACCAACUAUGAUAUACAUGACAGCAUUGGGGGAUUGUCACUUGGUUAUAAAGAGAAGCCAUCGAGGGCGACAGACAAAGCGUUACUGUCAGCAUUCGACACGUUGAAGGAGCCAGCGUCAAGACAGUCACUGGCUUCGGAGGCGGAGGUGUCUAGCAACGGCGCGGACAAGGACACGCCGCACGUCAAGAAACGACAUCGCCGUAUGAAGAGCAGCGGCGUUAAGAAAGAUGGAGAUGAUGAGGGCGACAGCGCGACAUCGUGUGAGUUCACAAUAGUGAGCUUGGACGGCAAGCGCUGGCGCUGGGAGGUGUGUGCGGGCGGCGGGGGCGGUGCGGGGGGCGGGGGCGCGGCCGCCGCGGAGAGGGACGCCUGGGUGGCCGCCGUCGAGGCGCAGAUACUCGCCUCGCUGCAGGGACGGACGUCCCGGCAGCCGCUGCCGACGGGCGCGAACUCCACAGGUCUGGUGCGCGCCACGCAGUACGUGCGCCGCGUGCCCGGCAACGACCGCUGCUGCGACUGCGGCGCGCCCGAUCCGGACUGGGCGAGUUUGAACCUGGGCAUUCUGAUCUGUAUAGAAUGUUCUGGAGUGCACAGGAACCUUGGCUCGCAUAUAUCGCGUGUACGCUCGCUGGAUCUUGAUGAGUGGCCUUUGAGUUACGUGAGCGUGAUGGUGUGCGUGGGCAACGCGCUCGCCAACGCGGUGUGGGAGGCGGAGCUGCGCGCGCACGCCCGCCCCCCACACGACGCGCCGCGCGAGGACAAGGAGAGAUGGAUACGUCUGAAGUACGAGCGUCGUGCGUUCCUAUCCUCGAGCGAGGGGCCUGUGUCUGGCGAGGCGCUGCGCAGUGCGGCGGCGCGCGGCCAACUGCCUGCGCUGGUGCGAGCGCUGGCCGCUCCCCCGCCCCGCGCCCCCGCACCACACGACCGCUCACUCGCACUGCGCGCAGCCGCAGCUGCGGGACAGCUGGCAGCCGCACAACUACUCAUAUGGCACAACGGCAACCCUAAUUACCCGGACGCGGACGGACACGGCUGCGUGUUCUACGCGCGCGCCGCCGCCAACCACCUCUCCGGCAUCCCCGUGCAGUACCCCACCAACCUGCAGCUCACCUGCCCCCUGCACGCCUCCCCCGCCUCCGCCUCCACCUCCGCCUCCGCCUCCACAUCCACCUCCACCUCCGCCUCCACAUCCACCUCCUCCAAGACCCCGGAGCCGGAGUGCAACUGCGUCAUCUACGAGCUACUAAACGCCCAAAGCGCGUCCAACGCGUUAGUUGAACUCCUAAUAGGACUUCAGAACAACCAGUACAUGAAUAAUGGAAUAGACGCGUCCUAUUCACAUGGGACAUUGGGACGUCAAAUGGGACAAAAUUUGUCCCUAACCAAUGGGAAAUGCGGGAGUAUCGUGUAAUUUGCUUCUCUAGGGUUGCCAACUUGUACUUAAUGUACGGUGUUUUAUUGCAUUUUGGUAUUGAGAAAUUUAUGUUUUUUGUCGAUAAAAAUGAAUGAAAUUUUACAUAAGUAAAAU